AUGGAGGAGGAACACUUUAGCAACAGCAGCGACGACAAAUUAUCAUUGGAAGAUGCCUUCAAGUAUUUUGAAAUCGAUGAUCCCAAAGAAGCCACUCGAGAAGCUGUGAAAAAGAAGUUUCGACGGCUUAGUCUUGUGCACCAUCCAGAUCGGAACAAUCAAUCCCAAGAGAGUGUGAAAGAAAUGCAGAAAAUUAACAACCUCUAUGAAAUAAUGGAACAAGAAUUUGAUCGAAGAGAAGGCAACGAUCGUCUUUACAACGAGAAUAUUCCAGAGGAGCCCGCUGAAAAUACCACCAAACCCGAUCCAUGUGAUCCUGACGAGCUAGGUAUCUCUAAAACAGAACAGAAACGUCGCCGCAAGGUACACAAAAGACGACGACAAAAGGCUCGAUAUAAAGAGCGAACAGAGCAAGAGCGCCAACAAGCAGAAUAUAAAAGGCGUCGAGAAGAAAUGGAAGAAGAGAUGCACAGAGAAUGGGAGGAAGCGAGACGGAAGAUGGAAGAUGGAAGAGUUCCAAAAGAAACAAAAAGAGGCCAAACAACAAAAUAA